UGAAGGACUGAGGGAGGAUAAAGCGUUAUCAGAACAAGCGUUAAUCGUAAUUAGGAAAUUUAUAUAUUUCAAUCCAAGUUGAAUCAAUUUUAUUAACGAUUUAGCUUCAUUGUAAACCAACACCUAAAAAGCAAAGAUAUACUUUUUUCUAGCAACAGCGUUCUUCUCACCAUUAUGGUACCGUUAAUUUUACUGAUCAAUGUCCUGACUUGGUCAUUGGCCAUUGGUCAAGAUACUUGUGAUGGUACCAAUAGCGUGUUUCCCUGUGACGCUGGUCAAGACACUUGUAUGAGACGUAAAUAUGGUAAAGAUCAAUAUGUUUGUGUCUGUGAUUCAAGCUACUGUGACGACUUGGGUCCAUUGCCCGACACCUCAGAUGGUAAAGUUACUAUUUACGAAACUACCAGAGAUGGACUCAGAUUUCGAAAAAAUUACGUCUACAAAGGUCAAUCAUCUUUAACUGAACCCACAGUUAAAACCAAGAAAAAGUUUACCAUUAAAGUGAAGCGAGAUGAGAAGCAUCAAUCCAUUUGGGGCUUUGGUGGUGCCUUUACCGAUUCAACUGGUAUUAACCUUCGCUAUCUCAAUGACACUCUGGCUGCUCAUGUUAUCAACGAUUAUUACAGUCCUCAAGGAAUUGGCUAUUCAGUUGGUCGAGUUCCAGUGGGUGGAACUGAUUUUUCGGAUAGACCUUACACUUACAACGAUGAUCAUGUUGACGACUUGGAACAAACCAAUUUCACUUUAGCUCAAGAUGAUGACCUUUACAAGAUUCCUUACAUUAAACAAGCGCAAAAAUUGAAUGGUAAUCUUAAGUUACUUGCUUCGGCUUGGUCGCCACCAGCUUGGAUGAAAUCAUCAAACAGUAUUAGCAAAAGAGGAACCUUGAAGUCAUCUGAUGUAUAUUACAAAUCAUGGGCCAAAUAUUAUGCUAAAUUUUUCACCGAAUACAAGAAAAAAGGAAUUGAAUUUUGGGGUUUAACUUCUGGAAAUGAGCCAGUGGCUUCAUACAUUCAUUCAUCAUUCAAUGGACUCACUUUCACUCCUGGUUCACUUCGUGAUUUCAUUCGUGAUAGUUUAGCCCCUGAAUUAGCUAAAGCUGGUUUCCCGUUGCAAGAAAAACUCAAACUUCUCGUUCUCGAUGACCAGUUAGCUGUCGUCCUUGCCUGGCUAGGUAAAGUAUACGGUGAUGAAGCAACUCACUCACUGGUCAGUGGAAUUGCUUUCCAUUGGUACCUCAACUUCAUGACCCCUAACUUUGUAUACAGUUUGAUCCAUAAAUGGUAUCCCGAUCAGUUGCUCAUCUCAACUGAAGCCUGUGAAGGUUACCGGAUGAUUCUUGAUCCACAUAAAGUUAUACUUGGUGAUUGGGGUCGAGGUGAAAACUAUGCGUCAGACAUAAUUAAUGAUCUUAACCACGGAGUCCAUGGUUGGAUCGAUUGGAACAUGGCUUUAGACCCAUCCGGUGGACCUAACUGGGCUGACAAUAAGGUUGAUUCACCCAUAAUUGUCAACAAAACUGCCAACGAGUAUUACCGACAACCUAUGUUUUACAGUAUGGCUCAUAUUGCCAAAUUUUUACCUCCAAAUUCAGUUAGAUUAGGAAGUAAAGGGUCUCAUGGAGGUGUUGAUUAUACCGUGUUUCAGACUCCUGAUAACAAUAUUGCUGUCAUCAUUUUAAACAAAAGCAAAGACACAAUCAAUUUGACUGUUGCUGCAGCUUAUGGUAAAGAUGUUACCUGGCAAAUUAAACCCAAAUCAUUGACAACAAUUUACGGAAAAGCAUCUUGAAGAGACUUUACAAAGCAAAUUGUAACCAAAUAUAAAAAUAAAGCAAAAAAUUGAUCAGUUAACAUUACUGCAUCUUUUUACAUGCUACUUCA